AUGACCGCAGCCAAGCGCGCCUGGGACGCCAAGAUGGCCGCUCCCCCAGACACCUCCAGCCUCGACCAGUAUUUCGCCGAGGCCGCCAGAUACGUGGCCCCAGUCCGACCGUGCGUGGAGUGCGGCGGAAAGCGGCACCUCGAGUGGGACAGGUUCACCGUUGCAGGCCUCAAGGCGGCAGCAUGUGGUUGCCGGGGCACCGCAGCCGGGCCCACGGACUACGACGCCGAUUUCCUGCUCUCCAUGCCCACGCCUGCGUGGCAGCACCUGGCGGACCUCGCUGACAUGAUCAUGGGCACGGGCAUCUGGCCGGACGCGCUCCGCGCGCAGAACGUGACUUUCAUUCCGAAGAUCUCCUCGCAGGACCUGCGCCCGAUCGCCGUCAUCCCCGUCGUCACGCGCACCCUGUCGAGGUGCCUUGUUCAACAUUGCCGUUUCUGGACCACCAGGGUCCAAUCUACAGACGCGGUCGGGCAGCUGCUCCGGUUCGAGGCCGCCGUCACCGCGCGCAUAGCCAACAACCUCCCGACAGUUGCACGCACCAGUGACCUGGCCAGCUGCUUCAAUCACAUCGACCCGUCUUUGGCGGAGCGAGCGGCGGUUCUUCACGGCAUGCCGGACACGCACGCUCAUUUCCUCUUCUCCGUGAACGUGGACAAGCCCACAAUUCUCCGUGGUGGAGAGUACGCCAUGCGCGCCCCACCGCCAGACAGCGGUCUUGCACAGGGCGACCCGAGCUCUCCGCUGGGAGCGGCUGUGGUCGCCGCCACGCACAAGGCAAUCUUGAAGAGCACAGUCGACGGCCUGCAGUACUUCGACACGUACGUCGACGACAGGACGGCCCUGACCAACUCUUUGGAGGCAGACCGACAUGAUACCCAGGAGGUGGCACGUCUGGACCGCCUCAUGGGACAACGCGAAGAUCCCAAGAAGGGCUCUAUGGCGGCGGUCUUCCUUACCAACGGCACCGACCGCGCCGACAGCAUCCUCCCCCUCCCCCUCCCCCUCACCAACAGUCGCGCCGACAACCACAUCGACACCGACAUCGAGGUGCUAGGCAUCGUUUUCGACCUUACUGGAUCCCGCAACCCCCGCAGCGGCCCGCGCACCGAACGGAGGGCAGGGGAGCUCCAGGAACGACUCCGACGCAUCGCCAGGAUCGCCAAAGCUGCCGGGCUCGGGGCCCGGAGGCGCAUGGCCAUGAUGAGAGCAAUCAUGUCCUUGUGGCGCUGGGACGCUCCGUGGGUCAUGGCCGACGACACGGACCUGCACAGCAUGCGCUACGACAUAGAAAAGACCAUCACCGGGAGACAAAGACAUUGGGCAUGGAGGCACGGCGGUGCUUUCUGGCUCACCACGGACAAAGGAUGGCUCGUGGAGCCCUUCGCGGUGCAGUUCUCGGUUCUCAUCCAGUGUCUCGUGGAGGCGGCGUGUAGCGAGGACACCGCGCGCACCAUGGAGCGAGUCUGGGCCCACCUGCACGAGCAGGAGCAGCACGGAGCGCCUUGCCACACGACCCUCUGCGAGUGGCUGAACGAGCACGCCGGGGCCGACCACGACCGGUUCGCUGUGGCACAGAGGUGCGUGAUUGCAGCCGAGCCCAACGCAGUGCGCUUUUCGCAUCUGCAUCCAGAUUGCUUCUCGCGCACCUGCCCCACCUGCCAGGCCGAACGGAGCGCUUUCAUGCUGCAUGGUUGGCACGACCACCACCGCCCUCAACUCUGCACUUUGGCGUACCGGGUGCUCAACUACAAACUGGCGGUCUUCCAGCCGUGGCACGCCGCGUGGGCGGCGGCCGAUAACCUGGUCAGACGGUUGACGCGCGAGCUGGCUGCCGCGCGCCAGACCAUCGACAGCUUGAAGGAGCAGCUCGUGGGCGCCGCCGAUGGCGAGGCGGAGGCCGAGGCUGCCCGCCGUGAGGCCAUCGCACGGCCCGCCCUGCUAGCGCGGGUCCGCGGGGGGCGCGAGUCCCGUGGGCAGCGCAAGCAGCGCAACGUUGCAUGGCACGCGCAGAGGUGCCCUGAGGCAGUGCUCGGCGGGCUCGGCCACGUACGCUGCUCAGGAGCGAUGGCGGGGCCCUUCUUGCCCCAGGGCUACGGCGAGCGGUCAGAGCAGGACCGCGAGGAGGCCGAGCGGACCGUCCCGCUCACGGCCCUCAACAGCGCCGCCAGGCCCUACGCGCCCGAGGGCUCCAUCCAGGCGCUGGGCGGCCGCGUCGCCGAGUUCGGCGCCGUGGAGGGCAAGACCUUCUUCGAGGAGGGCCCCGACGCCGACGGCAACUGCUCGGCCUUCAUGGGGAAGGGCGCCGAGCAGCUUCAGCAGGGUGGUUGCUUCGUCAAUGCGGGCGCGGUCGACUACCCGACGGGCGGCGACUCCGUCGAUGGCACGAUGGAAGACUUCGUGGAGAAGGGCGGCGAGCAUUUCCUGCAGGGCGGCGGCCUCGUCCAGGAGGGCGAGUUCGGAAACCAGGAGGGCGGCGACUCCGCCGACGGCGUGAUGGAGGACCUGGACGAGUUGCGACGCCUCCUCCUGGACGCCCGUGCGCGGGUCGACACGGCGGCAUUGGCUGUCGUCAAAGCUGGCGACGCUGGCGCCGAUGCAAGCCAGGAUCAGCUCGAGCUCGAGGCGGAGGCCGACCACAUGGUGGAGAUCGAGGACCGCCUGGCCAACGCGAAGCCCGUGGAGCCGAAGGCGGACGCAUGCCGCGGCCGCCCGCCCCCAGGCCCAUGGGCGACAGGCUUCGUCCACGGAGGGUUCGAGGAGAACCUGGCCGCGACGGCCGUGCUGGCGACGGCUGCGGGCCAGCGCUUCGCGGACCUGACCGCGCUCUUCGCCGCGUCCGAGGCGGAGAUCAACGGUUCCGGAGGGGGCGAGACGAUCCCCGCGCUGGCCGAGACGGUCGCCAGCGCGGGCCGGGAGCAGGACCUGAGCGAUGUCGUGCCGGAUCCCUACUUGGACGCGGAUCAGGCCGAGCAGCUGCGGUACACGAAAUUCAUGAUCGAUGGCUUGCCUGGGGAGAAGCACGCCGUGAUUAUCCCAGACACGAUCUCGCUGACCCAUCAGCUCUUCUCGGACGUCUGCGACGCCAUUCAGAAAGACAUGCCCACAAUGCUCAUCAGCGGCGUGAGCUCGAUGCGGCACCCCGCGGCCAUGACCACACCAGAGAUUCGGCACUCACCCGCAUUCGCAGGGGUCGUGGCCGGCGCGGAAGGCUCCCUGGGAGGCCCCGCCGCCUCGGGCGGCUCUGUCGCGGACCUCCUCCGGAGGGCGGCGGGCGGCCUGGGCCUGCAGGACGCCGGCGAGCCCGUCCAGGAUCGAGCACGGCGCCUGGGACCCAAACCGCCACAGCGAGCAGGCGCUGGAGGACCUCGCGAGCCCUAG